AUGGAAGCACUCGUUAAACGUCGAGGUCAAUACAAAAGUAGAGUCACUACAUUCAAAACAUAUAUCGCUAAAGUUAUGCAUAGUUUUCCAGACGCCACACAGGCAUUAGAAGAUACACGUAGGUUAGAAAUUCAAGAACGUCUUACCGUUAUUCGAGAGGUGUACGAAAAGUACGAUGAAGUGCAGGCCAAUAUCGAUGAACUUACAAACGACGAAACAGACACGAGUCAAUACAGAGAAAGGUUCGAGGAGGAUUAUUUUAACGUUGUGGCACAUGCAGAAGAGUUACUUGCUCGUGGUAAGAUGACACAACAGCUUCUAGGUGCAGCGAUGAAUGAGUCAACACGAGGAUCACACGCACGGGUAACUGAUGAUACUGCCUUUAUUCCUAAUCUAUCGCGACAAGCUAAUCAAAAUAUUAUUUUCAAACCAACGGGCAUCAAAUUGCCUACAAUUGAAUUGCCAAAAUUUAAAGGUAAUGUAGAUGAAUGGCUCGGGUUCAGAGAUACGUUCGAAUCACUUAUACACACAAACGAAACAAUAGAUCCUAUACAAAAAUUCCAUUAUUUGAAGGCCUCGUUAGAAGGUGCAGCGUCUCAAAUCAUCAAAUCUCUCGAUUUUUCGGCUGCCAAUUAUGCUAUUGCUUGGGAAACUAUUUGCAAUCGUUUCGAUAACAAAAGUCUAUUAACGUACAAUCACAUAAAGGCUAUUUUUAGUAUAAAUUCAAUAAAAGAAGAGUCAGCAAUUCAAUUACGCAAUAUGAUAGACACAUUAAACAAACAUUUGCGAGCAUUAAAUGCAUUAGGGCAGUCAACCGAGCAUUGGGAUGCAUUGCUAAUAUAUUUAACUUCGAGCAAGCUUGAUAGUAUAACAGCAAGAGAAUGGGAGAAAGAGCGAUUGGAUAAAGAGCUUCCUACAUUAGAAGAAUUCAAAGCUUUUCUUAGUUCAAGAGCGAAUCUGUUGGAUACAUUAGAAUUAAACAAAGGGGGCAUACACGAGUCAAAACACUCAGAUCACAUAAAGUCAAAAUCGUUUCUUAUUCAAAAGCAAGAAUGCGUAGUAUGCAAAGAAGCACAUCACCUAUCAAGUUGUUCCAAGUUCUUGCAACUUACUCCGCAAAAGAGAGCAGAAGUUUUAAAAACAGCUAAAUUAUGUCUUAAUUGCAUGAAACCAGGUCAUUUUAUCAAG